AUGAAGAUUGAAAAAAGCACACAGAUUGAGUAUGGCAAUGAAAAAUCUUCAACGCGAUCGUCCACAGUGGGCAACAGUGAAUCUAUUUCAGGUACAAUAACUGCAGGUGUUAGUGCUGGUUUUUCGGCCAUGGGCAUACAAUACGGCGGAUCGAUUGAAACUUCUGUACAAAGUGGUAGUGAACGAUCAUUUGAAGUGACUAAUGAGAAUGGCUUUACCGUAUCGUAUUCAACAAGUACAGCAAAUACUGUCGGUGUGGAAGAAAAAAUAACAUGCGAUGGGGUUGAAAAUGAAAAAAUGUUUGUACAGGCGCGAACAAACAUGACACGAAUGACGGGCAACGAUUGCGUAUAUGUCGAUAGUUUUUUAAAUUUCAAUAACCAUGAUGUGCACAUAUUCAACUGUAAUUGGGUUAAUUUACUAAUGUAUCCAGUACAUAAUCAAAAUAUAGUCACCGAAUUGCAAUGUAACCGUGAAAUAAUGAAUUUUUAA